AUGCUUCGAGAUGUUGGCAAGAGGAAACUUACGCCCGGAAUCAGUAAAAGUCAGGAAUUUGAAACUGCCAAGACUAGGUUGAGCAAACACCAUAGGCUAAGCAAGAGUAGUAAUCAUUCCCCAAUCAGUGAAAGCAAAAACGAUGUAUUCUGCACAAGACGGCGGCUACCUUCUGUUCCUUUCAUUGACUUUGAUAUUGACCGAAUAAAGGCCUUGGAUGUCAUUGAUAGGGUGGAUAGCAUUGGAGGUUCAUAA